UGUCAAGGCUUCAUUAAACCUGAGCAGCAGUUGAAGUGAGAUUUUCCCAUCAGUCUGGGCGCUUUCAGAGUGAUUAAAAACAUUUCAAAACAAUCAGGCAUGGAAAUCAUACCCCACGUUUUUAGUUAUUGGAAAAACGCACGACGCUGUCGCUCUGUUUAACUCAGGGGUCAGCAGGAAGCUGCUGAGCUUUGAUCACCAGCUGGAUGCUGCUGUUGCAUAAACAGUCAUGAAGGAGGGAUCAGGAGAAAGAGGGAUUUCCUCUCGGGGAAACUUCACUCACUCUUACAGAAACACGGGAAAGCUGCGGACUCGGGAAUCUGCCUCCUGAAGCCGAGCCUUAAGGACAGCCAUGUUGGGCGUCGUCCUCCUCCUCCUCUCCUCCUCCUCUCCUGGGGUCACGGUUCCUCCUCCCAACGCUCCCUGCAGCAGAUGCUGUGACCACAUGCCGCCAGCAGAGGGCAGCGGAGAUCCUCCGACAGGGGCGUUUGGCCACGUCCCGGAGAUUCGCACGUACAUCAACAUGACUAUACUGAAAGGUGACAAAGGAGAUCGUGGGGACAGAGGAACCCCAGGGAAAGUCGGACACGAAGGCCCUCCAGGGGCCCAAGGCGUGGCGGGGUCAAAGGGCAGCAAAGGCCACGCGGGUCCUCCGGGAGACCCCUGCAAGCUUCCGCACUCUGCCUUCUCCGUGGCGCGCCGUAAGUCCCUGCACAGCGACGACGCCUACCAGGCGGUGGUCUUCGACACGGUCUUCGUCAACCUCGACGGCGACUUCGACAUGUUCCAGGGGAAGUUCCUCUGCCGCGUCGCCGGGGUCUACUUCUUCAACGUCAACAUCCACACGUGGAACUUCAAGGAGACGUACCUGCACAUCAUGCAGAACGACACGGAGCGGGCCAUCGUCUACGCCCAGCCCAGCGACCGCUCCAUCAUGCAGAGCCAGAGCGUCAUGCUGGAGCUGCGGCCGCGCGACGCCGUGUGGGUGCGCCUGUUCAAGAGGGAGCGCGAGAACGCCAUCUACAGCGACGACGUGGACGUCUACAUCACGUUCAACGGAUACCUCAUCAAAGCCGGCGAGGAGUGAGAGAAACAGAGGGACAUUUCG